AUGGAGAGUUUGGAGACGCCAAGCACGAGUCUUGAAGGAUUCCGUCUGAUUCAGUGCGGCUGGUUUGCCGGAACGGCUGUGUCUUUGGGGGUGGGUGGUCUACUAGAUGCUAUAAUGGACAAGGAGAUGCAACAAUUGUGGAAAAAUUUUACACUUUUAGAGCAGGAGAGUCUUGGAGUUAAUAUUCUGGAUCAGAGAGCUGGUGAUCUUGGGAAAAAAGACAAAUUGUGUGUAUUUGGUAAAGUUUUGUCUGUAAAGCUUUACAAUAAGACGGCUUUCAAAACUACAAUGAGAAUGGUAUGGAAUAAAAUCAAAGGGGAGUUCAUAGAGGCUGGUGACAAUCUGUUACUUGUCCAGUUUAGUAAUAUGUUGGACAAUAAUAAAGUCCUUGAGAGUCAGGCGUUAGAAUGA